AUUAUAUACAUUUUUUUAGCCCAUUUUCUUAUACACACAAAUUAUCAAAUCUUCUUAAUGGAAAUUUAAUAAAAAACGAGUACAUUAUUGUGAAUGACACCUAUGUACGACUGUCUAAUAUAAAUAAUGGUGAUAUUUCAUUGGAGCAAUAUAGCAUAGCAAUGCAAAAAAGGUCGUAUAAAUAUCUUUACUUAUUAGUAUGCUGUUUAAAAUUUGGAAAUAAAACAAGAAAUCCUAAAGAUAUAGUUGAGAUGGUAAGUACGGCAUUAACAACUAUUAUUAAUUUCAAAAAAAUUUAUGAAAUUCCUUAUCGUUUAGAAAAUGAAUUAUCACUAUAUAUUAAAUUAAAUUCAAAUAUUCAUAUUAGUAUGAUUGGGGUCUUAGAACUGUUGAAAUACUUAAUUAAUAAAAUUGAAAGUGAAUUUUAUAAUGAUUACAAAAGAAUAGCAAAAAGUAAAAUAUCAGAUGAACAUAAAUCAAAAAAAACAGAAGAGGAAAAAAAUAUCGAAUUAAUGAUUUCUAAAUUACUUCCAAGUGUAGUUAACGAAGAAUUGCAAGAUUUGUUUGGGUCAAAUAAAUUUACGAAUGAAGCUAAAUUUCUAAGAGCUACAGAUAUUGUCAUCAAAUGUAUUUCUGAAGAGUACAACAUAGAAAAAAAAUAAUAAAAUUCUAAAUUAUCAAAAAAAGAAUAAUUAAAAAAUUAAGUAAGAGAAGCAUUCAUUUGUUAAAAUUUUAAUAUAUUAGUCAUUUUUGAAAUCGCUACUAAUUUAUGAAAUAUAUACUAAAAUAAAUUCAAUAACAAUAAAUUUUGUUUUGAAAAUA